AUGGAUUCCCAUCCGUAUAUGAAUUUAAAUUUUGUUGAUCUUCUUCAAACUCAACAAGAUUCUGGCGUUGGUUCGGAAUCCUCACCUAUUCCUUUAUUUGGGACGCAAGCAACCGAAGGUUCAAACUUCGAACCAGACAGUCCUGUGGAGAGUAAAGCAAGACGCACGUGGACUCCAACAGAUGACAAUGUCCUCAUCAGCUCAUGGUUGAACACCAGUAAAGACCCUAUCAUUGGGAAUGAGCAACGGAAUGAUGCUUUCUGGAAGAGGAUAGCAGCCUACUACUCGGCUAGUCCUAAAAUUGCUGACUGCGACAGAAGAGGGGCAUCACAGUGUAAGAAUAGGUGGCACAAAAUCAACGAAGCAGUGGGGAAGUUUUGUGGAGCUUUUGAAGCAGCGACUCGUUCUAAAACCAGUGGGCAAAACGAGACUGAUGUUCUCAAACAUGCCCACGAAAUCUUCUUCAACAACUACAAAAAGAAGUUCAUAUUAGAACAUGCUUGGAAAGAGCUAAGACAUGACCAGAAGUGGUGGAUUCGACCCCCUGGUGUUAAGGCUGCAAAAGCCCGUGGGAAGAAACCAAUUGUUGAGGGAAAAGACGUUGGUGAGCUUCAGGUAAUGUUGGUUAAGAAGGAGAAGAUGUCCAAGAUGAAGCUUCUGGACAAGCUCAUGGCUAAACAAGAACCUCUAGAUGAUGAUGAAAUAGCUCUGAAGAAGAAGUUAAUUAAGGAAUUGUUGCUGUCUAAUUAG